UGUGAAUUCGCCGUGUGGUAUAUAUUGAGCAUGAGGGCAUGCGUGUUUGAGCCGCAUAUCUCACUCUCACUCAUCACUCAAUCGCAGUAUUUCAGCGAUCUUGCUUUUACGACUUCCACACAGGGAGCCCCUACCUGAAGCCCCCAACUACACUAGUUCCACCAUCCCGCCUUGUGCAACCUCCAGUCUACGACCAUGGUAUCCUAUAACCAGACAAACUUCCAAGCCGUACCACCGAUUCGCACAAACACGGUCGAUUCGCAAAAGUCACAAUCAUCCGGCCAAAUGUCCCCACCACAAUCACCGGCAUCACCAACAUCACGUGCACCAGCUGGCUCCCCAACGGAGGAGUCCUUCUUCGGUGCAAUCACCGCGCGCAUACGCGGACGCUCGCGAAGCCGCUCGCGAGACGCAAGUCGACGCUCAAAGUCGCCAAGGACCAUGCCGCCCGCGCAAGUACAACAAGCAAGGCAUGUGUCGAUGACUAGUCCAACAAGACCAGCGGCCUCGCCGGUGCAAUCGGGCAGAUCCAGUGUUCAGGACACAGGAAGAAGGAGCACGGGCGGUACGGCUGGUAGUGAUCCGUGGCGUGGGCGGCAUUCGAAUGACUGGCUGUUCAACGGGUAUUCGGUGACGGCUUCGGCGAAGGAUCUACUUCAAAGACGCAAGUCGUAGUUGAAGAAGGGACGCGGGUGACGACUGGGCUAGAGUACUGCUAGGAGGUAUUACACUUGUUGACAAGUGUCUGGUAGCCCAUUAACGAUGUUUAUGACGAACGAAGAAGGGUUAUAAGGAUAAUGAGAUGGAUGAACAAGAUUGUAUGUCGUUGCGCUGGAGAUCGCAGCAUGUUCACAGAUUGGUUCACUUUCGCUUCGGAAUAGUUAAGCCUGUCGUAUCUCGUCUCACCACACAUAGCAUGUAUACUAUCCCAUGAAGAAAUGACUCGGAAUUGAUGUUUGAAGUCUUCC